UUUCUCUCAUACAACAUGGAUGUUGUUGCAGAGCAUGUAGAUCUAAUGAUGGCCAGUGAGAACUUUGAGAGGACGAUUGCAAACUUUGACCACAACUUCUCAGGCAAACUGAUAGAUUUACUGAGGAAAAUCAUGGACCUGAGUUCAGAAAGCGGACAUUUGAAAUUGCUUAAUAUUCUCUAUAGACUGGAUUUCAAUGGUUUCUACAAGGAGAAGUUAGAAGCCAUGUCUGCAGAGAAGGCUAUGAUGGAAUCAUCUAUGCACAGUACAGAUUCUGGAUCCACAGGCUCAUGGCCGACAUUAUCGUUUACAUCACAGCGUCCAGAGACGGCUCAGUACGUCCCAAGUAUCCACAAACAAAGACCGUCAUCUAACUCAUCUAGUUAAUCAGGGCUGACCAGAACAAGACAUGUUCUAACGAUGGAAAGAGAUGAAUAAACUAAGUUAUAUUCAAGUUCAUUGUUGGAUAUAAAUGACCAAUUGCAAUGCACAUGUGAUUGUUUGUGUUGGUAUUGAUGAGAUAUUCCUUAACUAGGGAAUAUAAAAUAGUGUGAUAUAGUUCUAUUAUUUUAAUAAAUAGUCAUUAAUUCCACAUU